AUGGCCGCAAUCGUGAAUGCCUGUCUCUCUUGCCUAUCAACGGCCGACCGUUGGUGCCAUAUCACAGCCUGUCUCGGCCCUUUCAGCGGUCGCUCCAGAGAAGGAAUUUAUGACACAACGUUGGCCGAUAAUGAAAGAGAAGCUGUGUCGGACCUGCUCGGCUUCCUUGAGAAUCGAGCCGAGACCGACUUCUUCUCCGGCGAACCUCUACGAGCUUUGAGCACCUUGGUCUAUUCCGACAAUGUCGACCUCCAAAGAAGCGCUAGUCUUACAUUCGCUGAGAUUACCGAACGAGAUGUGCGCGAGGUCGAUCGGGACACCCUUGAACCAAUUCUUUUCUUGCUACAAAGCUCUGAUAUCGAGGUCCAACGAGCUGCGAGUGCAGCUCUUGGAAACCUCGCGGUGAAUGCGGAUAACAAGGUGUUGAUCGUCGCCCUGGGAGGGCUCGCCCCGUUAAUAAAGCAAAUGAUGUCGCCGAAUGUCGAAGUUCAAUGCAACGCGGUUGGCUGCAUUACGAACCUUGCUACGCAUGAGGAUAACAAGGCUAAGAUUGCCCGGUCUGGCGCCCUGGGGCCGCUAAUUCGCCUUGCUAAGUCAAAGGACAUGCGCGUACAGCGCAAUGCGACGGGUGCUCUCCUCAAUAUGACACACUCAGACGACAAUAGGCAGCAGCUUGUUAACGCCGGGGCGAUCCCCGUCCUGGUUCAGCUACUUUCCUCAUCCGAUGUCGAUGUCCAGUAUUAUUGCACAACUGCCCUUAGCAACAUCGCCGUUGACUCUUCAAACCGGAAACGCCUUGCCCAAACCGAAUCGCGAUUAGUCCAGUCUCUCGUGCACUUGAUGGACUCUUCUACCCCAAAAGUACAAUGCCAGGCGGCCUUGGCGCUUCGAAACCUUGCCUCCGACGAGAAGUACCAGCUCGAGAUUGUUCGCGCAAAAGGGUUGCCGCCGCUCCUUCGCCUUUUACAGUCAUCCUAUCUCCCUCUUAUUCUCUCCGCGGUUGCCUGCAUUCGCAAUAUCUCAAUCCACCCUCUCAACGAAUCCCCCAUCAUCGAUGCUGGAUUCCUCAAACCACUGGUCGACCUUCUAGGAUCGACAGAUAAUGAAGAGAUCCAAUGCCACGCGAUCUCCACUCUGCGAAACCUUGCUGCCAGCUCUGACCGCAACAAGGAGCUUGUCCUUCAAGCUGGUGCCGUCCAGAAGUGCAAAGACCUUGUUCUACGCGUGCCCGUCACCGUUCAGUCCGAAAUGACGGCUGCUAUAGCAGUCUUGGCGCUUAGCGAUGAACUGAAGCCCCAUCUCCUCAACCUCGGUGUUUUCGACGUAUUAAUCCCUCUGACGGAAUCUGAGAGUAUUGAAGUCCAAGGUAACAGUGCUGCUGCUCUAGGCAACCUCUCCUCCAAAGUUGGAGAUUACUCCAUCUUUGUUCGUGAAUGGGCGGAUCCCAAUGGAGGAAUCCAUGGCUAUUUGAAACGAUUCCUUGCUAGCGGAGACCCGACCUUCCAACAUAUCGCCAUCUGGACGCUUCUUCAGCUCCUCGAGUCGGAAGAUAAGCGCCUAGUGGGCUACAUCGGAAAGUCGGACGACAUGAUUCAGAUGGUGAGGUCAAUAUCGGAUAAGAAUAUCGAAUCCGACGAGGAAGAUACGGAGGACGGCGGCGAAGCCGAAGUCAUUGCGUUGGCGCGGCGAUGUCUCGAACUUCUCGGUGGCGGACCUAAGCAGACUCUGGUAGAAGGUUAA